AUGGGUAUCAAGCAAUUCCAAGGACACACGGACGGGGCCAGCUGUAUAGACAUCUCGCCAGAUGGCACAAAGUUGUGGACUGGUGGCCUGGAUAACACAGUGCGAUCAUGGGACCUACGAGAGGGUCGGCAGCUGCAGCAGCACGACUUCACGUCUCAGAUCUUCUCGCUCGGCUACUGCCCCACGGGCGAAUGCAUGGAGAGUAGCAACGUGGAGGUGCUGCACCACACGAAGCCGGACAAGUACCAGCUGCACCUGCACGAGUCGUGCGUGCUCUCGCUCAAGUUCGCCUACUGCGGCAAGUGGUUCGUCUCGACGGGCAAGGACAACCUGUUGAACGCCUGGAGGACUCCCUAUGGUGCUAGCAUUUUCCAGGUGAGACAGAGAUCGAUCUCCUCGAGUCUGAGGAGGGCUGCAUCGUCGGCGCUGCGUUAUAGCGUCGAUGCAACGUUAGCAGAACGCAGAGAACUAGCUCCAGCGCUGCGCACCCCGAUGUCGAUGGCUAGCCCCUACCCGCCCUACCUUCCCGCGAGCGCGUCGCACGCCAUGCCCAACGACCUGGCGUCGGCCGGCGCCGCAUACGCCAGCAGCAUGAUCCACAACAACAUCUCCCCCGGAGCGUACCGAUCGCCGAUGGGCAUCCCCGGCGGCUUCGACCCGCACGCCGCCCACACGAGGGCGCCACUGCCCCUCGGCGGCAUCUCGGGAGGAAAACCGCAAUUCCAAGGACACACGGACGGGGCCAGCUGUAUAGACAUCUCGCCAGAUGGCACAAAGUUGUGGACUGGUGGCCUGGAUAACACAGUGCGAUCAUGGGACCUACGAGAGGGUCGGCAGCUGCAGCAGCACGACUUCACGUCUCAGAUCUUCUCGCUCGGCUACUGCCCCACGGGCGAAUGGUUGGCCGUCGGCAUGGAGAGUAGCAACGUGGAGGUGCUGCACCACACGAAGCCGGACAAGUACCAGCUGCACCUGCACGAGUCGUGCGUGCUCUCGCUCAAGUUCGCCUACUGCGGCAAGUGGUUCGUCUCGACGGGCAAGGACAACCUGUUGAACGCCUGGAGGACUCCCUAUGGUGCUAGCAUUUUCCAGUCAAAAGAGUCGUCGUCCGUGCUGAGCUGCGACAUCUCCGCCGACGACAAGUACAUCGUCACCGGCUCCGGCGACAAGAAGGCGACAGUCUACGAGGUCAUCUACUGAGGUCGCCGCGCAAGCGAGCGAGCGAGUCCCGCCGCCGACGACGACGACGACCGGUCGCGCUUUUACCCGGCCGCCGUCCAGAACUGUCCACCGGACGGCUCUCACGGCGAAGGACGACGAUCGGCGAAGACGAUCGAGCGGCCGGCGGAUGAUCGAGCGUUAACUUUAGUCGCCGCGGAGAUCUAGCUCCACGUUUUGUCGCCGCAGCGCUGAUCCCUUGCCCUCGCGGACAUUUGAGAUGAGGGCGGUCGGACGAUGGAAAAUCAAACAUUAACUUUGGCCGUGGCGGACGGUCAAGCAUUAACUUUAGCCGCGGCGGACGGUCAAGCGUUAACUUUAGCCGCGGCGGACGGUCAAGCGUUACCUUUGGCCGCGGCGGAGAUCGACUCUCGGUCUCUCGUCGGGCUUGGACCCCUCGCACUCGUGGACAUUUGCGACGAGGGGUGGUCCGUCGUCGGAUGCGUGAGCGUUGGACCGUCGAGAGAGAGAGAGAGAGAGAGAGAGAGACGGACGGAGAGACGGACGGAGAGACGUCGCCGGAUGUGAGGAGACGGCGCGUCGGAGAUAUGUGCGUUUAGUGGGGGAAGGAAUGGAAGGAGAAGAAGAAGAAGAAGAAGAAGAAGCCAGAGCUGUAAGAUGUGUC